AACGCAUAAUUAUGACCGAUUUCCUUUCCAACAUAUCUUCUUCCAUUGGUACCCUCACGGGCAUACCCUGCAAACUCGCGGCCAAACCGAAUUUCAUCAGUGUUUGAGAAUCAGCUAUGAUUACGGUGUCAUUGUUUUGCUGACUCGAAGAUAUCAAAAGGCUGCAAGUUUAGGUGUGGCACUUUUAAGAGUAACAAUCAUAAUUUCUAUGUGGAUGGAAAAUGGCAUAUUCAAGAGAAAAAUAGAGUGAAAAGUAAUUGCCUUGGAUGAGUUUUAGUGAUGGCCCUUGAUAUAGCAACCUUUGAAAGCUUAAGCCCUUCUCGCUUUAUCUCCUUUACUGUACCCAAACCAACUUGUUCAAAUUCACUGCUCCGGGUUGCUGUGCUUGACUCACCAGUCCAGCCCACUGACUCACCCCAAGUUGGUGCUCUGUUAGUUCCUGAAGGCCGUGAAACUGAUUGGAUCUUCUCUACUGAAUUGGGUCAUCUCCAGCUUCUCUUUAGUUCUCCCGGAAUAUCCCGUUUGAUUUUGAUAGGAAACCAACUCAAGAAGGGUGAUUUUUCACCACAUAUUUAUCAUCGGCCGUUAAAAUGUUCAUUACAUCAGCAAGAAUUUGAGGUGUGGUCAAAACCACUUCUCCUGGCUUUGUCUCCCAGAUCUUUGUUCAUAAAUGGCAUCCCUGAGAUACCCAUUUUGAGUUAUGAAGAUAAUUUAGUUUCUAGUGUAGUAAUACAUGAAGGUGUUGGUCAUCAUGUUGGUGAAAUGUUGGUUGAAGAUGUCGAAAUUGAAAUUGAGAGUGAUAUGCAUCAUGGUCGUCUUAGAAGGGAAUUUCGAAGGCGGUUAAGGUUCAAGAGGAUGCCUAACUUGAUUCAAACAGAGGUUCGUAUUGUUCCUGAGACAGAUGCUAGUUCGAAUAAUGUUUGGAUUGGAGAUGUGAGGUUUACACUUGAUCUUCGGGUUUUGGUGCACCCUUACUUGGCACCUAUGGUGGCUAGUCUUUCAUUGAUCAGUGGAUACAUAGACGGACAAAUUCAAAAUGGGUUUAGACCAAAAGCUUUAUGCCUUGGGGUUGGAGGUGGGGCCUUGCUAACUUUUUUGACAAUUCAAUUGGGUUUUGAGGUUAUGGGUGUGGAUAUUGAUAGAGAUGUUUUGAGGGUGGCAAAGAACUAUUUUGGAUUGGAAGACGGUGAAUUUAUCCAUGUGAAGGUUGGAGAUGCCAUUAAAUCUAUGAAGAAACUUGCAUACCGUGAUAAACUGCACAAUUCGAGUUUUUUGGCUGAUUGUGAGCUUAAUGGUUUUAGUCACUCGUUGGAUAGUGAAGUCAACCAUAAGUUUGAUGUUGUUAUGGUUGAUUUAGAUUCAAGCGAUGUAAGGAAUGGUAUAAGUUCUCCACCCUUGGAAUUUGUUAGAAAGCAUGUUCUUCUUGCUGCUAGGUUAGUUCUUUCUGAGUUUGGAAUUCUUGCUAUUAAUGUCAUUCCUCCAAGUAAGUCCUUCUAUGACAGCUUGGUAAAUCAUUUUCAGGAAGUUUUCCAUGAACUGUACAAGAUAGAUGUGGGGAAUGGAGAAAAUUUUGUUCUUAUUGCCACGUUGUCACCUCAGGUGUUUUCAGUUGAGGAUUGCAGUAAUUCUUUUCUUAUGCGACUGAAAUUAGUUAUUCCAGAAGCAUACAUCAAUUCUAUAAGGAAGUUAUAAUGUCACACUUGUCGAGGCAAGUGCUUUUUAAAGAUCAUCCAACUCCAGUUUAUGCACUGUAAGUCUAAUUGAAGAAGUGUCAAUUAGUUUUGAUACACUGAUCCAAAAUCAAGAAUGUCUCGCAUGCAUCUUUGCUCCUCUGUAGAGAAUCAGCUUUAAGAAAAUUGAGGAGACACUGGAAUUUCAUUCAUAUCAACAAAA